AAAGAGUUGAUAUAUAUCUCUGGAACCGGUCAUGCGCAUUGAUUUUAGGACUUGGGUCUGCGUGAAGUAACGAUCAUGGUCUCCGCGGCUAGUACUUGGGUAUUUUUAGUGAGCUUUUUAUCUAUCAUAAGAGAUCACGUGGUAUCGGCGGCCUCAUACUGCUACUAUAGUUACUACUACAGUUACUACUAUUGUUACUAUUACUACUACUACUACUACGAAACUGACGGUGGGUCAAUCGCUGGAGCUGUGGUGGGAUCCAUUGUAGUGGUCAUUAUCAUCGUAGUGGUCGUCGUGAUCAUCUGCUGCAAGAAGCACAGACAACCCGGAGUGAUCGUUCAACCUGCAUCGCCAAAUGUGACCACUGUCCACCACACGAACACCACAGUUCCUCAAAUGCAACCCGGAUACGGACAACCGAUGGGGUACGGACAACCCGGAUACGGACAACCGAUGGCAUACGGAGGACAACCCACAUAUGGAGGACAACCGCAGCAAGGCUACAAUCAACAUCCGGGCGGUGAUCCCGCUUACCCCCCUCCGCCACCGGUUACGUAUUGAUGAAUGGAAACAUUUCUAACUUACUAGUACUAGAAAAAUACCACAUCUUAUGCGGUACUGUGUGAUAGACUGUUGCGGUAUUGAGAAUCUUUACUAAUAUCUUUUUAAUUCAAUAUUUCAUAUUGUAUGAGCAUUAAUUUUAUUCCAGGAUGAUAAGGGUUUUGAAUGUUGUGUAUUUUGAUAUUUCUUUUGCUCAGACAGACAGCCAGAGAAAGAUUUUAUAUUAAGGAGGUACUCUACAUUGUCAUAAUACCUGACUUUCUUUUAAAACAUGGAUGAAAAUAUAAAUAUUAGCAAUAUUUGUCAAUUCAUUUUAAAAAUUGUCGCCUACCUGAGUACCACAGUAGGUUAACACGUCGACUGCUGAACUGUAGAUCGUGUGUUCGAGUCCAGCAAGGUUUAAAAAAUAUUUCUCAGAUUGUUUUCUACUAAAACUGCAUUUUUUCUUUUACGAAAUAAUGUACAUUUGAAAGUUUCAAAAUAUUAAUACUCAUAUAUAUGUUUUAUCAUAUAGAAUUGUACCUUAUUAGUAGAUAUCGAGUUAUCUUCUGCUUGACAAUGAAUAGACGAAUAAAACGGUUUGUUUUACGAGUAUUGUCAAAUGGUAUUCUGUGAUUUGUCAGCGGCAGUCGAUAGUGUGUGGCAUCAAGGGUUAUUUUUUCAAAUUAAAACUUAUGCAAUCUCUGGAGAUCUUUUUGGUUUUUAAAAACGUUAUCUUUGAAGCUUCAGGCAGAAAGCAAAAAGUUAUAUACAAAAACAAUUUAUCUCCCAUUAAUACUGUUAAUGCUGCUGUUCCACAUGGGGUCUCUACUUGGGCCUUUGCUUUCUUUUAAUCUAUUUGAAUGAUGUUUGGGAGAAAACUUUCUCAAUGUGUAGACUUUUUGCAGAUGAUAAGUCUAUUCAUUAUCUAAAAGAUAAUGUUGUUGAAAUUGAGCGUAUCUUCAAUCACGAUUUAUUUUUUUCCCCUCUAUGCAAAAGUAUAUUAGCGAUUUUUUAGGUUUUGAAUUAAUAUUGUAUAUAAUUUUCCAACAUAUAAUUGAAUUUUGAAAAGUUUGUUUGACAGUCUUCUUUAUAAAUGUAUUGUAUAUAUAUAUAUUGGAGAGUAUUGUUAAGUUGCAAGAACUUGUCUCCAAUUCAUUUGUAUGUACUUGUAUUAUACAAUGAAAUAUGUUCAAAACAAAUGUUUAUAUCCUUUCUUCAAUCAAUGUUUUAAAUUUCACAUUUGUAUAUUUAUGAUACAUAUUUUUUGAUUUGAUUUUAAUUCUGUACUUUUUAAAAAUAAUCCGUAGACAACAAGGGGUAGUUCUAAAACAUUUAACUGAUCAAAGAGUUCGUAUUCUUUUACAACUUUUGUAUGUAAGAAAACUCUGCUGUACUUGCGUCGAAAUUAGACAUGCAUUGUAACUGUAAGAAACUAAACGAAGAAGUUGGUCGUAUAUUGAGUCUUUUGAUAUUCUGGUAUUUCUACCCAUAUCCACAAGAAAUACGAUUGAUUUUCUAGUUAAACUCGAGCAUCACAACAACACCCCAUUUCUUUAGAAUGAAUAUCUGUUCAAGUGAAUUUAUGUCCAUCAAUAAAUCACGAUAUAUCAAUAACAUACGACGUGGUGUGAAGAGUUAUUCCCCGUUCAACAUUCUUUGUCGGAAAUAUAACCUGUGCCCGGUAUUGUCUCGGUCACAGGCAAUUGCAUCGCUUGGCAUCGAAUUUCCUAUUAAAGAGUAAAGGUAUAUAAAACUCUAAAUAUAGGGUACCCAAGUUAGCCGGUGUAAACACAAUAAACCAAUUGAUAUGAAAUUCUACUUUGUAUUCUGAUAUAUUCAUUCAUAACCCACUUAUAUUACUACCAAAGUUCACCCGAAAAUCAGUAUACUUCCGAAGAUCUGCAGAAAUGAAUUGGGAAAAAUGUCUAUUAUUUUAUGGUCGACUUUUAGCUGGGUCCAGGUACUGUGCGACUAAACAGUAUGUUUGAGCAUUGCAAAAAGCUAUUACAUAAAGUGUUCUGCAUGCGAUAUCCUUUCCAAAAUGAAUUUCUUACCCCAAUUCUUAAAAUGAAGUCUGUAAUAGCGCCAAUUGACUGAAAAUUGUAAAACCGUCUGUACUUUCACUAUCACAGAUAUUUUGAUCAAUGUCAAUAAUUAUAGGUUAUAUACUUUGUAUGGGAAAAUAUGACGACUGAGUUUUUUGGCGCGUAGACGGACCGAGCUUGCGAGGUCCGUUCGCGACAAAAAACGAGGUCGUCAUAUUUCCCAUACAAAGUCUAUAACCUUUUUAUUAUAUACUUUCAAUUUCAUUUAGAAACUAACAAUAAUUUUAUUUUUAACAAUAACUUUAUCGGUUUAACUGAGUAAAAAGAUGAAAAAUAUGAAAAUUAACGGCGUAGAAAUUUGAUUGUGACGUAAUGUUUGCGGGCCGGAAUGUUUCCGGGCAUAUAUCGUGUGAUAUAUGCCCGCAAACUUUGAUAGAAAAAAGAAGAGAUAAAAUUGAAAGUAUAUAAUAACUACCCUAAUUAACAUCAUUAUUAUAAUUAUUAUAAAUCGUCAAAACAGCGGUGAUACAUUAAGAACAAUCUAUAACAUGUAAUCUUUAAAUUUCUACUGUAUCACCAAUCUCCUUUCUGCUAUCAUAUACUAUCGUAUUUACAUCUGCUAGAUGCCUUUGUAAGAAUCGGUCGUUUAUUUUCAGCUUUCUUGUAAUUAUUAUCCAUGUUCAAUUUGUUAUACUGCUAUAAAUAAUGUAUGUCUUUCGCAAUAAAAAGAGUUGAUAUAUAUCUCUGGAACCGAUCAUGCGCAUUAAUUACAGAACUUGGGUCUGCGUGAAGUAGCGAACAUGGUCUCCUCGGCUGGUACUUGGGUAUUUUUACUGAGCUUUUUAUCUAUCAUAAGAGAUCACGUGGUAUCGGCGGCCUCAUACUGCUACUACAGUUACUACUACAGUUACUACUAUUGUUACUAUUACUACUACUACUACUACGAAACUGACGGUGGGUCAAUCGCUGGAGCUGUGGUGGGAUCCAUUGUAGUGGUCAUUAUCAUCGUAGUGGUCGUCGUGAUCAUUUGUUGCAAGAAGCACAGACAACCCGGAGUGAUCGUUCAACCUGCAUCGACAAAUGUGACCACCGUCCACCACACGAACACCACAGUUCCUCAAAUGCAACCCGGAUACGGACAACCGAUGGGGUACGGACAACCGAUGGGGUACGGACAACCAGGGUACGGACAACCAAUGGCAUAUGGAGGACAACCCACAUAUGGAGGACAACCGCAGCAAGGCUACAAUCAACAUCCGGGCGGCGAUCCCGCUUACCCCCCUCCACCACCGGCUACAUAUUGAUGAAUGGAAACGUUUUCUGACUUACUAGUACUAGAAAAAUACCACAGAUUAUGCGGUACUGUGUGAUUGACUGUUGAAGUAUUCAGGAUCUUCACUAAUAUCUUUUCAAUUCAAUAUUUAAUUCCGUAGGAACAUUAAUUUUAUUCCAGAAUGAUAAGCGUUUUGAAUGUUGUGUAUUUUGAUAUUUAUUUUGCUCAGACAGACAGUCAGAUAAUGAGAUUUUAUAUUAAGGAGGCACUCUACAUUGUGAUAAUGGCUGACUUCCUUAUAAAACAUGGAUGAAGAUAUAAAUAUCAGCAAUAUUUGUCAAUUCAUUUUGAAAAUUCUCGCCUAGCUGAGUGCCUCAGUAGGUUAGCACGUCGACUGCUGAACUGUAGAUCGCGUGUUCGAAUCAAGCAGGGGUUUUAAAAAUAUUUCUCGGAUUGUUUUCUACUAAAACUGCAUUUUUUAACGAAAUAAUAUACAUUUGAAAGUUUCAAAAUAUUAAUACUCAUAUCCUCUACUUUUCAUUCAUAUAAAAAUUUUCAGGUGUAGCAUAUCUCCUCAAGAACCUAAUGUGCGUUUGUUUUAUCAUAUAGAAAUAUGCCUUACUGGUAGAUUUCGAUUUAUCUUCUGCUUGACAAUCAAUAGACAAAUAAAACCGUUUGUUUUACGAUUAUUGUCAAAUGGUAUCCUGUGAUCUGUCAGCGGCAGUCGAUAGUGUGUGGCAUCAGGGGUUAUUUUUCAAAUUAAAACUUUUUGGUUAAUAAACACGUUAUCUUUGAAGUGUCAGGCAGAAAGCAGAAAGUUAUAUAGAAAAAACAAUCUAUCUCCCAUUAAUACUAUUAAUGCUGGUGUUCAACAGGGUUCUCUACGUGGGCCUUUACUUUCUUUUAAACUUUUUGAAUGAUGUUUGGGAGAAAACUUUUUACAGAUCAUAAGUCUAUUCAAUAUCUAUCAGAUAAUGUUGUUGAAAUUCAACGUAUCUUCAAUCACGAUUUAUUUAUUUUUUGCCUCUGUACAAAAGUACAAUAGCGAUUUUUUUAGGUUUUCAAUUAGUAUUGUAUAUAAUGUUAGAACGUAUAAUUGAAUUUUGAAAGGUUUGUUUCACAGUCUCGUUUAUAAAUGUAUUGUAUAUAAUUAUAAUGGAGAGUAUUCUUAAGUUGCAAGAACUUGUCUCCAAUUCGUUUGUAUGUACUUGUAUUAUAUAGUGAAAUAUGUUCAAAACAAAUAUUUAUAUCUUUUCAUCAAUGAAUGGUUUAUAUUUCACAUUUCUAUAUUCAUGAUACAUAUUUUUUGAUUUGAUUUCUAAAACAUUUAACUGAUAAAAGAGUUAGUAUUCUUUUACAACUUUUGUAGGUAAGAAAACUCUGCUGUACUUUCAUCGCAAUUAGACAUGCAUUGUAACUGUAAGAAACAAAACGAGGAAGUUGGUCGUAUAUUGAGUUUUUCAAUAUUCUGGUUUUUUCUACCCAUAUCCACAAGAAAUACGAUUAAUUUUCUAGUUGAACUCGAGCAUCACAACAACACCCCAUUGUUUUUUAGAAUGAAUAUCUGUUCAAGUGAAUUCAUGUUUACGUAGUAUUUCAAUCCAUCAUUAAAUUACGAUGUAGAAAAAAAUUACCAUCACACAAACAAUCCUACAUUAAGCACCCCUUUUCGUAGACAACGAGAAGAUCACUGGAUCAGGACUCUAGGCACUGCAUUUCCAUAUGGAUGCAAUGAUAAUGUAUAUGAUGUGGGAAAUUUGACUAGUCCACAAGGAAAUAACGUUAAUGUGAUGGGACUCUUUCCCAAUACCCAAAGACGAAAACGCAGUCACGGACAUCGUUCAUAUAAAAGACCAAGUAUAAAUGAUGUCACGUUUGAUUCACUUUUGCCUCACGUCAACAGACAAUUGGGUCCACAUCAUAUUUGUACAAAACUUUACUCUAUUCCAUUGGGGGUUUUACUUACGUUAUUUGGAGAAGCUAUGGCUAGUCUAUACUUGGAUUUUUCAACACCUGAAUAUAUACUUAACUCUAUGAUUAUGGAUGUUGCCUAUCACAGGCUCUAUAAACCAGCACGGACCAUGGAUGAUAUUCCUUCCAAAUCAUGCUGUAAGUUCCUUAAGCUCAAAUUUACAAACAAAGGAAUAGAUGCCGUCAACAUAAGCAACAUUCUUCGUCAUAAAAGGGUUCAGUCGUGUAUUCCAACUUAUUUCAAGUUCAAGUCUACACCCUGUAUUUCCUACAGCUAUACUUCUACUAUUGCAUCCAAACUUUUUAAUUAUAAACAAACUUUGCAGUGCUUAGAUAUAGACCAUCUUAUACGUAAUCCACCAACAUGUUCUUGUUCUUCAUCUUCUUUCAACUACAGUCCAGCUGGACAUGUCAUUACUGGUGAUGUUGAUAUAGUUGAAAAUGAGGACCUCAAAUCACUUAUUCUUAAAUGUUCUAAAUACAGAGAACCUCGGUCUUUUAAUUGGCGACAGAACUUCAUCUCUAUUAUGAGUUCUGUCGAAGAUUAUGCCAGACGAUGGGCUAAAUAUGAAAAAGAAGAACUUGAUACAUUGUCAGAAUGGGUUAAAAGCAUAAGAGGGAUAUUAAAAUCCCGCAUUAGACACAUGAAAACAAAAGUACGUACCAUCUAUCCUUCUGUGUUUAGUAAACCAGAAGUGAUAAAAGAAUUAGAUAGGUUACAUGAGGAAUAUGUUUUGGUUCCAGCUGACAAAGCUAGUAACAACAUUGUCUUUGUUUGUAAGGCUCAUUAUUACAACUGUAUUUUAAACGAACUUGGCAUUAGUUCCACUUUUGGUAAUCAUACUUUUACUCCAACUGCCCUUUCAAAAGACGAAAUUCUUCAAAACCAUGCUUCAGUUUUAGACACAUUUAAAGGACACAACGCAUGUUUCUAAACUUUUUCAUUUUUUCAGCAAAAUCAACUUUUUUAUGCCUAAAACUACUUUAAAUGUGUUUUAAAUGAAAUAUUUUGCGUAGUUUUCGAGUUUGAAAGCGAUGAAAUUCAAAUCUUGCGAUAUGCAUAUUUUCUUUCGCUAGUUUACGCGCCAUUUUGUGUGACGUCAUAUGCGCCCUCGGGUUUGAAAACAUAUAUUAGCCAUUUCAUAAACAGAUUAACAGAUAAACAUGUUCAAUCAGUUUCGGAUCCAUAAAUUUCAGAACGGAGGUUACAGUAUCAGAGGUCUGGGGAAACACACUAACGAGGGGUGGAGUCGCUGGCGUUGGAUCCGCCUUUAGGCAUAGUUACGUUGUUUGAGGAAGCUAGUGUCUGAGAAAGUUGAAAGCAGGAAGAGCUCUUAACCUCUGAUUUUAUCUCUAACUGUUGAGGUGCGAGUACUUUCAAUAAUGGAAAAAAAUUAAAUAGUAUACCACAUUAUAUGAAUGCAAUUCGGUGAGAUAUAUAUACAUGUAUCAUUAAAAAUUAUCAUUGAUAUGUAGUGAGUCUAAAUAUACCUCUAUACCUUUGGGUGUUGCUAGGACGGGGAAUUGAA